AUGGGUAUUAACCUUGUCAGAGUCGAACACGACGAUGGACUACCACAAAACAUCUGCGACUCUUGUAUUGCAAAACUCGAAGAAAUAUCAGAUUUUAUAGAUUUAGUUAAAUACAAUCAUUCAUGUUUGAAACGAGUACACAAAAUAAAAUCCGAUUUAAAAAAAAAGGCUUUGCGUAAAAAAUGCCAGAGGGAUUACCAUAACGACCAACACAAGGAACGCCAAAAAUAUUACGAUGAAACUCUGGACGCGGUGACUGUGGUCGAAAAGAACGAUUCUGAAGAGGCUUCCGAAAAGGGUCUGUCAGAAGAAGAAAUUAGAGUGAUAAGGCGCCGUGCAGGAAAACAGAAAAGCUGCAGCAAAACGGAGAAAAAAAGUUCAAGAUCACCUAGAUGGCCUUGUAAAGGAUGCGAACUCAUUAUCAAAAAUUAAUAAACUACUUAAAAUCCAAGUAACAGAACUUGAGAGACAUAAGCGCCAUCUACUAUCACUUUUGUCUAAGUUUAAAUGUAGUAAACAACAUUUGGAGGUAUUAGAAGAGAGACUAAAACAGAAAUCUUCCUAGUUUUUGUUUUGUAUAUUUAGUUUUUAUGUAAAUAAAUAAAAAUAUAUG